UUUCUUCCCCCUUUCCUUCCUUCCUGCAGUCUCGGCCCUUCUGCCGUGAAAAGGAGGCUGUGAAGUCUGGGCUGUCCGCCGUCACUGAGCCGAUCCUGAACCAGCUCGCAGGUACAGUGGAAUGGCAGCAGAGCGCCUGCUGACGGACCGGAGCCCGCGCUCAGCUGUCGUUCCGGGGUCUUGAACAGCUCGCUACCGCCGCUGGAGCCUCGGAGCCUGGAGGAGCCGCGGGUGGAGCUGCAGCCUGUCAGGCCGAGCCGAGCCGAGCUGCUGUCAUCUCCCGUCCGUUAAUGAUGCUCAGCAAGCUGCAGAACUGAAGUAUCGGCAACCCGAAAGCAGACCAGAGCAUUUUUCACUGCUCCCUCCCCCUCAGUGUCCCUGCAGGCUGCAGCAUGGAGCGUACCGGCAGCAUACAGCUGGACAUCCCAGACUUCAGUAACUCUGUUCUUUCUCACCUGAACCAGCUGCGUGUUCAAGGCCGUCUCUGUGACAUUGUGGUCAAUGUUCAGGGCCAAAGCUUUCGUGCACACAAGGUCGUACUAGCAGCCAGCUCGCCAUACUUUCGGGACCACAUGUCUUUGAGUCAGAUGAGCACUGUGUCACUGACAGUGAUCCGUAAUCCAUCAGUGUUCGAGCAACUGCUGUCUUUUUGCUACACGGGCCGUCUCUGCUUGCAGCUUGCAGACAUCAUCAGCUACCUGACAGCUGCCAGCUUCCUGCAGAUGCAGCACAUUAUUGACCGCUGCACCCAAAUUCUUGAGGGUAUCCACCUUAAGAUCAGUCUGGCUGACCUGGACGAAGAGUCCAGGGAUGAGGAGGGGGCACGGGGCUCCAGGAAUAGCAGGACAUUGGAGGCUGUGGUGCGAGGAGGGGGUCACAGUGGUCUGCGGCUGCUUGGCCCACGGGGAGGUGCAGAGCCAUGUGAAGCAGUCAGUCCAGCAGAAGAGCCACUUAGCCCAGUUCCAGCGGUGGAGCACAGUGGGCUAGAAGGGCCAGGGACCACCAGUGGAAGAGCAGGCAAAGAACCGAUACUACGCAUCAACCGAGCUGGUCAGUGGUAUGUGGAGACCAGCAGUGAACCAGAACGGACCGGCAGCGCUGAGGAGAGCAGCAUGGAUGGGAUCAGGAUAAAAACAGAGAGGAUGGAGGAAUGGAUUGGAACAGAAGAGCACCAGGAGGAGGGAGGGCCAGUGGAAGAGGGGGCCACGGUGAUGAUUGACACAUCAGGACGCAGUACACUGGUGACUGGACCAGUAGGAACGCUGGGGGCCCGUAGUAUCCAGCCAUCCUCCAGCUUCAGCGAGACAGACAGGUUUAGUCCCACUGGCAGCGUGGUCGUCCUCACAGAACGUCAGAGAGCAAAGAGCGAGUCUCCUAGCAGGGCAGAUGAGUUGCGACAGCCAAACUCACAGGGAGAGGAGCAUACAACGUUUGAUAUGGGCGGUUAUGAGGACUACUUGAGGGAGCAGGUAGGAGAUCGCUGGUUCCGCUACAAUCCACGCCUCACCUGCAUCUACUGCUGCAAAUCCUUCAACCAGAAAGGGAGCCUAGACCGUCACAUGCGCCUACAUAUGGGUAUAACACCAUUUGUCUGCCGCAUCUGUGGGAAGAAGUACACCCGUAAAGACCAGCUGGAGUACCAUAUCCGCAAGCACACUGGCAACAAACCUUUCCACUGCCACGUUUGUGGGAAGAGCUUCCCCUUCCAGGCCAUCCUCAACCAGCAUUUCCGCAAGAACCACCCAGGCUGCGCACCCCAGGAAGCCCACAGCGCCUCUCCUGAGACUACCACCGCUUCAGUUACAUCCAGGGGUGGUCCCAGUGAUGAGGCCUCCCCUAGUCAGGAGGAAUCUGAAGGUGGAGGAGGUAAUAGUGCUGGAGGGCAAUAUGGAGAGGGUCCCCAAGCCUCUGUUUCUACAACAGGACCAGACUGACCCCAGUGAAGGAAGGAACAUGGGGUGGGGGGUGAGUGGGGCAGCAUGAUCCUGUUGUAACCAAAGCUAACAGGAUGUUAAACCCGCUGAAGUCAAAGGACCCCUCAGAGUCUGAAAUGAGAUUUAUCCGCUUUAAACCGCAUCUACCUUCACCUACUAAACCGAACAGAUUAAGCUAAAAUGAAGAAAUUCCACACACUCCAACAACCUCAUAUGCCACAAAGUUCAGUGGUUCUCCUUUGCCUCCGUCUAGUUUAUGUUACAGAUUUCUACUUUUAUAUUUACAGGUAUUACUGGUCCACAAUACAGCAUCACAACAGUAUGUCAGGUGGAGACUUUGCCAAACUACUCAGUGCCAGUUAAACAAUUCAAAUCCCUCAUAUUUGCCUUGAGACAAUCUGGAGCCGUUGGAUGAUGAUGAUAAUAAUAAUAGUAGUAGUAAUAAUAAUCUUAUGCGUUCUAUAAGUGCCAUAAUGGCGUUAAAAGAUAUAGUUGCACAAAAAAGUUCAAUGAGAAACUUAAAACUAUUUAGCUGACGGUGCAUCCCAGUGUGAUUGGAGUUACUGGUCUUUCCCCAUUUUCCUGCAUUUGGCACAAUUCAGGAUAGAUAAAGUUAUUACACUACACACUUUGACACUACGUACAUACCUCACUGUACAGCACAAAAAACUGCAGGCACAAUCUUCUGUUUCACAAUAUGACCAUCCAUCAAAAAUUGUAAAAUGUAUUGCGAGACGGUAGAAAGACGAUGUAAGUGGACUGGUUCUCAUGUAGCGCUUUUCUACUCUGAGCACUCAAAGCGUUUUAUACGACUUGCCUCGUCCACGAAUUCACACAAACACUUUGCUGUGUGCUUUCUAUCUAACAGUCACACACAUUUGAGCGACUUGGGGUUAAUAUCUUGCCCGUGGAUAUUUGGAUUGGAGAUUAGAGCAGCCAUGGCUCGAACCACCGACCUUCCAUUUAGAAGGUGACUUGCUCUACCUCUUAAGUCAUAGCCACCCGUGUGUGCCCAAUGGAAGAAUUUGCAGGUGUAGAUGAAUAUAUACUUGGCCGAUAAAAAUCUGCAAAUGUUUAAUGUUAUUAUUUUUGAUCGAGAAUAGUCAAAAACCCAAAUACCUGCAUUUUAAAAGAGAGAAGAUUUGCCUUCGUCACUGUGAACUAAAUUUUUCUUUGGGGAGUAUUUUGGGGUUUUGAACUGCUGUAUACAAAGUUUUUAAUUAUUAGUGCAUCUCACAAAAAUAGAAUAUGGAGAAAAAGUGUGGCUCUGCUAAGAUCCUAUUGAAGCUGCUCUGAUGCCAACUUCGUGUGGAUUUUUGGAUCAGGUUUUCACAUCUUCCUCGAAAAUACUCCAUAGAGUCUCUGUGGGGUUUAGGUCAUGUGAUUUGGCUUGACAAUUAAGUAGAGUAAUAGCGUUGUUGGCAACCAUGUGGUAGUAGUGGUGGAGCUGUAGUCAGGUCAGUCCUGUUGGCAAAGGAAAUUUGCACCGGCAUCGCUAGAUAGAAACAUGAACUCUGUUAAUGCAGCCGUCUUCCUGGAAGUUUAUCCUUUGACAUAUAAAAACUCUCCACUCAGCCGGCCUUUUCAGCAGUGACCUUCUGUGGCUUACCCUCCUUGUGGUGGAUAUUAAUGAUCGUCAUGUGGAGAGCCGUCAGGUCAGCAGUCUUCCCCAUGACUGUGAUUGUGUACUGAGACAGAUACUGUGGUUUGAAUAGAAAUUUUCUAAAAUGAUAAAGACCUCAGUGCAGUAUCUCGGACAGUUUGAAAUACUCCAUUUCUAAUAUUCUUGAGCUAUAAGCAAACUUCAAAAAUGCUUGAAAAUAUUGACUUUGUGUGUAAUUAAUAUAGAAUAUAUGAAAAUCACCAUUGUGAAUGAAAUUGCCAAAAUAAUCACUUUUUCACUGUAAUUUUUGGAGAUGCAGUAGUAUAUCCCAUUGCCUUCGAAUGCAACAUAGGUCAUGUGACUUAUUUGUGUCACAUGAAAACUAUUACAUGCUUUCAUGUGACCCUGUGAUAAAGUCACAAGUUUGUAUGUAUGUAUGUAUGCACAAGUAUGGCCCUGAGAAUCGAAUGCGGACGGCUCCAUCAGCCUUCCGCUUCUCUGGAUGUACACGGGAUGUGUCGUAGAACAAAUAUUGAGAGGCAUUCUCACGCUUCAUGCAGGCAAAAUGAAUGGAAAAAUGUCUGUGGGGACUCCAGUCACACUGGGUUAAUGAAUUUGGCGCAUGAAUUGAAUAGAACUUCCUUACAAUAGUGUUUUUACUGUGGCAGUUGAACUCAGCUUCUACAGCAGGUUUUAGAUCACACUUGACCACCAACAAACUCACAGCAGGAAAACUGGACAUGGUCCAGCCUCAGAUAAGCUACACAGCUCAAUUACCUCUCAUCACUACGCAAUACAGCUGCAGCACAGCACCACCAGGAAGCGCUCUGCUCCACUCCCACAGAGAUCUCAGUCACUUUUCUCAGAUAUUUUUAUAAACAAACAUGUAUUUAUUGUUUUUCUUCAGUUUUCUUGGACACUUUCUUGCUCUGACAACGGGUGUGAUGGAAGACAGCUUGUUGUUUGAGGAGAACAAGAUAUUGGGAAGACCCGAUCAGUAUCUUGUGUGACAGUUAGUGACGCAUUUAAUCUACUGCACUUACCAACAAGCCUGAGGGAAAAAAAACAGACUGAAACUAAGAGUGAAGAACAGGUGAAGCACAGGCAUUCAAAACACCGACACAGUAGAAAGGUCUGCUGAAGUGACUCCAAUUAUAGUCAGCACACCGAAGUCUAAUCAAAAUUUAUUGCCAUCGCUACUGUAAACACAGUGUACAGAGAGACGAGACGACAUGGCUCCAACAGCUGUAGUGCAACAAAAAACUACAAACAUGACUCGUAGAUUAAAAAACAAUAUAAAUGGGGAGAAAGCCUUAUAUAUAAGGGGGCCAGAACCCACUGACAUAGCUAAAAACACGCAUUAUUAUAAAAAAAAAAACUCACCAUAAAGUGUCAGGAAAAGGGAAAUGAUCUCUUCGGGUCUCCUUUGGGAAUACCUCGCCUUAGAACAGGGGUGGGAAACUCCAGGCCUCGAGGGCCGGUGUCCUGCAGGUUUUAGAUG